UACUACCUUUAUAAAUAACUCCUUGGCUUUAAUGAUAUUCUUGAACUAUAGCCAUGGAAUUUCAAUUGGACAAAAAGAUAGCAUUUCCAUUUUUGGUUAUCGUGUUUCUUGGAGUGGUAGUCAGACUUUACAAUGGAUUGGUUGCGAAACCAAACAGGCUUCGUUCCAUGUUGAAGAAGCAAGGCAUCAAUGGACCUCCACCUACUUUUCUUCUUGGAAAUAUAAGAGAGAUUAUGAAGAGUCUCUCCUCCAUUGAGAAGAACAAUGAUCCACCUCUCACCCAUAACUGUGCUGCUCUUACUUUUCCAUUUUUUGAGCAAUGGUUCAAGGAAUAUGGUCAAGUGUUUGUAUAUUCCCUGGGGAACUUACAAAUAGUAAACUUGCACCAACCUGAGUUGGUGAAAGAGUUCACAACGUGUGUAUCCUUGGACUUGGGGAAAACUUCGCUUCAACUUGAUGAUCUUGGUCCUUUGCUUGGUCAGGGGAUUGUAGCAUCAAAUGGAGCUUUCUGGUCACAUCAGAGGAAGAUUAUUGCUCCUGAAUUGUACAUGGAAAAGAUCAAGGUAUUUAUUAAUAGAAUCAACCAUCUUGUGGCCAAGUAUUUGAUAUUAAAGCUUUUGCAGGGAAUGGUGAACCUGAUAACUGAGUCUGCCAAUGCAUUGUUAAAUUCAUGGAAGAGCAUGAUUGAGAGAGAUGGUGGAAUGGCAGAUAUCAAAGUUGAUGAAGGCCUCGGAAGUUUCUCUGCAGAUGUUAUCUCAAGAGCUUGUUUUGGAAGCAAUUAUUACAAAGGAGAAAAGAUUUUCCUGAAACUAAAAGAUCUCCUGAAGGCUUCGUCCAAGAAAGAUCUAGCCGUUGGGAUUCCUGGAAUGAGAUAUCUCCCCACAAAAAGUAAUAGAGAAGCAUGGGCAUUAGAGAAAGAAAUCCGCAAUUUGAUACUGAAGGUAGUGAAGGAGAGACAAGAAGCUGCAGAUGAGAAGGAUUUAUUGCAGAUGAUCCUUGAAGGAGCCAAAAAUAGCAAUCUGAGUAGAGAAGAAACAGACAGAUUCAUAGUUGAUAAUUGCAAGAACGUAUACAUGGCUGGGUGGGAGACCACUACAGUUUCAGCUUCAUGGUGCCUCAUGUUGUUGGCAAUAAAUCAAGAAUGGCAGGAUCGUGUCCGUGCAGAAGUUCUGGAAAUUUGUGGAGGCAGCAUGCUAGAUUCUGAUAUGAUUCGCAAGAUGAAACUGCUUAACGCGGUGAUUCAUGAAACGCUGCGACUUUAUCCACCAGUCCCAGUGAUAGCAAGGGAGGCCUUAAAGGACAUGAAAUUAGGAAACAUUAAUGUUCCCAAAGGAGUGAACAUUUGGACCACAGUAUUGCUAUUGCAUACAGAUCCUGAGAUAUGGGGAUCAGAUUCUUACAAGUUCAACCCUGAGAGGUUUGCAAAUGGAAUAGCAGGCGUUUGCAAGUAUCCAUUCUUUUACAUGCCAUUUGGUGUCGGACCUCGGGUAUGUCUCGGACAGAACUUGGCCAUUGUUGAACUCAAGAUAGUGUUAGCUCUCAUUUUGUCCAACUUCUCUUUCACCAUCUCUCCUAGAUAUGUCCAUUCCCCUAUUUUUAACUUAGUCAUAAAACCAGAACAUGGAGUCAAUCUCUGGGUAAAGAAAUUAUAGACAAACAGGUUGAGAUGGGUUCGUUUUAAGAUAAAUUAAGAUCAUCAUGGUAGGGAAGCACAUGAGAUUUUUCAUUUGUCUAAUAAAUGGGGAGAUGGGGUCUCCCUAUUAAUAACUUUUUGGUAGAAUUUUAUGAGUUACAAAGAAACAGGAGAGAUGUCGUUCUUCCUCUCUCCAUAGCAUAUAAGCAUGUUAUGGAUAGAUAGAUUGUGUAAUAUUAUUGUUAUUGUUAUUAUUGAGCAAAUAUUACAUUAAAUUUAUUAUUUUCUUCCGUCA